AUGAGCCGCGCUGGUCCCAUGGCACCUGCAGCCCAGCUGCCCCCCAGAGCAAUGGCAGCGGUGUUGGCUCUGCUGGUGGCGUGGCCAGCUGCCACCACAGCAAUGACAGUGACACAGGACUCGCUGCUCAACGUCUGCAUGGAUGCCAAGCACCACAAAACAGAGCCUGGCCCUGAGGGGCAGCUCUACGGGCAGUGUGUCCUCUGGAAGGACAAUGCCUGCUGCACUGCCAACACCAGUCUGGAAGCUCACCGGGACCAGUCCUACCUGUACAACUUCAACUGGGACCACUGUGGGGCCAUGCCAGAGAAGUGCAAGCGCCACUUCAUCCAGGACACGUGUCUCUAUGAGUGUUCCCCUAACCUGGGGCCGUGGAUCGACCAGGCAGACACCAGCUGGCGGAAGGAGCGGAUCCGGGAUGUGCCACUGUGCCAGGAGGACUGUGAGCAGUGGUGGGAGGAUUGCCAGGAUGCUGUCACCUGCAAGGUCAACUGGCACAAGGGCUGGAACUGGACGACAGGCACCAACCAGUGUCCCAAGGGCGCCAUGUGCCAGAAGUUCAAGUUUGUGUUCCCCACGGCGGCUGCGCUGUGCGAGCAGGUCUGGUCUGGCUCCUACCGCUACACAUCCCACCACCGUGGCAGUGGCCGCUGCAUCCAGAUGUGGUUCGACCCCGCGCAGGGGAACCCCAACGUUGCCGUCGCCCAAUAUUACGCCCAUGGCAAUGCUCCCCCAAACUCCCCGCGCUCUAUCCUGCUGUCCCUGCUGCCCCUCACCCUACUGGCCCUGCUCUGAGCAGGAGGGGCUGCAGGCAGGAGCAGGCAGUAGAUGGUCAGGGGGGUC